GGCUUACCAGGAGAGCAGGGCGUACCAGGAAGCCCAGGAGUUAAAGGCGACAAGGGAGACCCUGGUGGGAUUAUGGGACCACCUGGACACCCAGGUCCAAAAGGUGAUGUGGGCCCUCCUGGACGAAGUCUGCCUGGAACACCUGGUCCCACUGGUAUUCCUGGAAACCCAGGUCCACGAGGACCAAAGGCCUUGUACCCUUCUCAGGGAGAAAGAGGACUACCUGGUGUACAAGGAGCACCUGGGGAGAUGGGUCCCCCAGGAAUAGGCAUUCAGGGAUCACCAGGUCCUAUGGGUCCAGCUGGAUCAACAGGUGUGCAGGGUCCUAGGGGACCCCCAGGAUUACCAGGAACUCCAGGUACCCCCGGUAUCAAUGGUGCUCCAGGAAGAGAUGGAAAGCCAGGACUACCAGGCCCUCCAGGAGAUCCUGUGCGUAUACAUAGAAAGCGUGUGGAUUUGUUUUGGUGCAAGUAUUUUAUAUUUAAAGGAGGUGAGAUUGCACUGCCACUUGUGGGAGACAUGGGUGCUGUACUCAAGGGUGAUCCUGGCACAAGAGGUCCCCCAGGCAUCCCUGGGAGAGAAGGGCCAAAGGGAAGCAAAGGCGAACGUGGAUUCCCUGGGCUUACUGGAGAGAAGGGUGAUGAGGGCCUCCAGGGUGCUCCUGGACUGCCGGGUGUACCAGGACCCAGUGGACCGUCAGGCGUCACAGGAAGAACUGGACAUCCUGGUCCAGCAGGGUCAAAAGGCGAAAAGGGUAAUGAAGGUCCUCCUGGGAAACCUGGACCACCUGGGCCUCCGGGUAUGCCUUACAAUGAAAGAAAUGGAAUGAGCAGCUUGUAUAAACUUCAGGGAGGUGUGAGUGUCGCAAGUUAUCCAGGUCCACCGGGACCUCCAGGUGACCGUGGACCAGCUGGCACGCCGGGAGUAGCAGGGAUACCGGGAGAAAGAGGACCUAUAGGAGAUACAGGCUUCCCUGGACCAGAAGGGCCACAAGGAAAACCAGGAAUCAGUGGAAAAGAUGGACUGCCAGGUCCUCCGGGUGCUGUGGGAAGACCAGGAGACAGAGGACCCAAAGGAGAACGUGGAGAUCAGGGUAUUCCAGGGGACAAAGGUCCACAAGGUGAACGAGGGAAACCUGGCCCAUCAGGAGAAAAGGGGGAUGUGGGUCCUAUUGGGCCACCAGGAGUCAGAGGCUAUCCAGGAUCACCAGGUCAUCAAGGCCCCCCGGGUUCACCAGGACCCCCAGGGUUUCUGGCUGAUGCAGUUUCACUUGAAGAAAUAAAAAAUUAUAUCAAACAAGAAGUUCUUAAGGUGUUUGAAGAAAGGAUGGCUCAGUUUGUAUCCCAGCUGAAGCUGCCUGCUGCAAUGCUUGCCUCCCAAGCUCAUGGAAAACCAGGGCCCCCAGGAAAAGAUGGGUUACCAGGACCCCCAGGAAAGGAUGGUUUGCCAGGGCCACCAGGAGAACGUGGAAUUCAAGGUUAUAGAGGACAGAAAGGGGAAAGAGGUGAGCCUGGAAUCGGACUGCCUGGUAACCCUGGACCACCUGGCCCUGCAGCUACUGGCCUGCCAGGCCCACCGGGAACACCAGGAUCACCCGGACCACAGGGGCCACCUGGACCCGAUGGGAGAUGCAGUCCGACAGAUUGCUAUUACCACAUAGCACAGACUCGGUCACACGCCAGCGGGAAAUAAAAAACCCUCUCCCCUAGACACUUGGGUUCACAGUCACUUUUCACUCCUCUCAACAAGUUAAUUUAACCUUUGAAAUAUUUGGUGCAUUUUUUUAUUUUUCCUCGACACUGCAUGGUAUAUAGAUAAUUUAUAAGGCACGGAAUUGAGCCUUUUUCUAUGUUAUUUGCAGUGUCAUAAUUAUGAAAUGAUGACAUAUAUUUUCCAGGGUGCAUUCCAUGUGUUACGUUUCUCAUAUUUAUUAUGCUUAGAGGAGAAAAUAGGCCCAAAUAAUUUUCAUAAGCUUCUUUCUUCAAACAAGAAGUAUUUUAAUAUAACUUAAGACAGUAUGUAUGCCUCAGUACGUAAGCUGGCUUUAUUUUUCUUGCUGGGGGUGAAGUUUAAAUGGAGAAAAUGCAUUUCUG